UGGGUGGGGCCUAUUUAGCCAGCAGGGGCACAGGCCCGGGGGACCCUGAACUGGUCUCUCUGCUCCAAGUGCUCUCAACCCCACCGGCCACACGGCUCCGAUCUCCUCCAGAGGGUCCCCCAGCUUCACCAUGAUGACCGAAGAGCACACGGAUCUCGAAGCCCAGAUCAUCAAGGACAUCCACUGCAAGGAGAUCGACCUUGUGAACCGAGACCCCAAAAACAUUAAUGAGGACAUAGUCAAGGUGGAUUUUGAAGAUGUGAUUGCAGAACCCGUGGGCACCUACAGCUUCGAUGGCGUGUGGAAGGUGAGCUACACCACCUUCACUGUCUCUAAGUACUGGUGUUACCGCCUGCUGUCCACGCUGCUCGGCGUCCCACUGGCCCUGCUCUGGGGCUUCCUGUUCGCCUGCAUCUCCUUCUGCCACAUCUGGGCGGUGGUGCCAUGCAUUAAGAGCUACCUGAUUGAGAUCCAGUGCAUCAGCCACAUCUACUCUCUCUGUAUUCGUACCUUCUGCAACCCAGUCUUCGCUGCCCUGGGUCAGAUCUGCAGCAACAUCAAGGUGGUGCUGCGGAAGGAAAUCUAAAGCCAAGUGGGGCAACAGGGAUGGUGGGGCAGGGAGAAUCAGGCCAGGCUGGCUCCCUAGGUGCUGCUCCAUGGGAGGUGCUGGAGAGCUCUUUUUCUUUAGGGACUGCUCAAUUCUCCCCCAAGAUGGGAGCACACAGUAUAAGGAAGCCAUAAAGAAAAGAGCCCAGCUACAAAAGCAUUGUGGCUCUUCACUCUGCCCCAACCCUGCCAAGAUGCCCCCAUGAUUGGGGCUGGGGGAAGAUGGUUUCUAAGAGGCAGCUACUGCAAGUUUUUGCAUUCACUUGUACUGUAACAGCGUAAACCAGAAUCAGUUCCCACUCAGGGUCAACCUGUCCACACCCGAGAAAGAGACCAGUGACUGUUGGUGUGGGGAGGGUGGCUCCAAUAAAGGAUUUCAGCUGCACUGA